AAACCAGAACCAACAUAAUCGGUUUGGUUCGGUUCGACCAGUCGGUAAGAACCGACCUAUUGACAGUCCUCAUACCGCGGAGAGCCUGCAGUUCCGCGGGUUGGAACGUUUCUGAGACGACCUCUCUUCACGUCCGCUUCUCCAGUCUCCACCUAUUUGCAUUUUCAGAGAAGGAGCUUUAUUGCUGCAGCAACCACCAUUGAGCGCUGACAAUACCAUGCAAAACGUAAGAAGCGCUAUCCUAAGGCAUGUUAGAGUUCCAUGUUCUGCAAAGCAAUCAUUGUUCAUUGAAGAAGGGAAUGCAUUAGGCAGACUGAGACGUCAUAUGUGUGCAGUAACAACUUCCAGCUCUGAUGAUAUAACGACCCGAGUAAUAGGACUGGUUAAGAAAUUUGAUAAGAUAGAUGCAGCCCAGCAGGUUACUGAAACAGCUAGUUUUGAAAAAGACUUGUCCUUGGACAGCUUGGACAAGGUGGAGCUUAUCAUGGCCUUUGAGCAAGAAUUCUCCAUUGAGAUCCCCGAUGAGGCAGCAGAUAAAUUUACUUGCUGUGCUGAUGUUGCCAAGUACAUAGCAUCUGGAGGUGGAAACAAGAUUCCAGAAAAUUCCUAAUGGCUGGAAAUUUCUUUUCAGUCCUAUAUAUUAGGACUUUUCAGGUGUUACCAUAAUCUUGUCCGACAAGUAACAGUGUAAUCGUCGUUUAAGCACUCACUAUGAUUCUUAAAAAAUACUUUCAUAUCAUUUAUUCAUGGAUAUUGUCAAUGUGACCAACUUUCUCCUUGUUCCAACGACUUGUUCUGUAG